AUGGAGAGGUCUGGGGAUCUUGGUGGCCACGGGAGGACUUCAACCUGCUCUAGACCAGGGCUUGCCAACUCAAUGCCCUGUCUUAUGCCGACGUCAUGGGAUUUCCAAAUGCUUGGCGCACCAUACGACGAUCCUCCCUUGCGCGGCGUGGUGUUUCUUGAUCGACUCGAGCCUGCACGACGUCUUUUCUCUGAUCUUUCUUGUUGCUGUGAUUGCAUUCCCUCUUUAAAAGGAAUGCUAGUUAAAAUGGCAGAUUUCAAAGUUUUUCAUUUCUUAAGUUUUGUAAUCAUUAGAAGAGAAAAGAGACAAGAAGGAGCUGAGAAAGAUGUAUCAUGUGCAAACAGCUGUCCUCAAAAGGGAUUCAAGCUCAUACACAAACAUAGGAUUAGAUUGCUUCUGAGCAAACAAUUUACUUGUGCUAACAAUAGUAAUUCUGAUGAUGAUAAAACUACUUUGAUGACUUUCAUCCCAAACAUUCUCAACAGGGAUCCUAGAAAAUAUCCAUGUCUUAUAACUCCUCAGAAUAACACAUUCGAUCCUGAGGUUAAUCGUUGUUUACUAAAUCUAGAGAAAGUUUUCCUGAAGAGGGCCACAACUCUUUUUUGCUUGGGGGCCGCUCAUCCUCCUAAGCUUCCGCCCCGUCCUCCGAAGUUCCUCCGAGCGACCACGCAGCGUUGUCGCAGGGGCCUCCCAACGUCGUUCUACCGUCCUCAUCAGAGGGACGGACACCCACCCUCCUCGCGCCUUCUCAGCGGCCGCCCCGCGGGUGUGCGGCCGCAGAUAGAUGAACAUUUUAUUGUUCUACAUAAAUCCCCGCAGCUUAAUAAAAUAGUCGUCUGCCGCUGUUCUACGCUUCACAAACCAACUGCCCGUGGCCGUGAGAAGCCUAUCUACAUUCCAUUGGACAUCUAGUCGCCAAAGCAAGUCCUGUUAGCGUAUUUCAAGACGUAUCAUUGGACAACAUUGACAGAAGUUCUGAAAACAAAAUGGCUACUGUUUCCAAUAAAGUGUUAUACAUUCAACCGACUGAUCUAAAGUGAUUCAAAUGUUGCACUACAGAACUGUCAUUAACUGAUCAAUGUAUCUGCAACUCGGGAGGAAGGAAGAUGUAUUUGCUCUGUGUGUUGUAUAGAACGUUUCCACGCUAACCUGUAUUACAUUCUAUGAUAGGUGGGUCAAAUAGAGGGUAAAAUAAAGGGUGAAAU